UUUAUAUUAUAUUUCCGAAGGUCAUGCACUACCGAAAUUCUCUUAAAAAUCCAUCAAGAUAGCCUACUUUCCAUUGUGGUUUUCGUCAGCUUGUUGAAGUGCAAGUUUACCAAUGUUCAAGAUACGAGAACCGUCCGAGUAUUUUUAGGUUGAUAAGCCGCGGCUAUCGAUUUCUUAUUGCCGAGAGAAGUCAGUUAACGCUAGAGUCUGCUGGUAAUCGGAGAUGACGGACGACUACAUCGAAAGUUCGCCAGUAGUGCAGACAACGCAUGGAAAAGUGCAGGGAAAACUCCUUAAGGGGAUCUAUGAAGAUCCAUUCUACGCCUUUGAUGGCAUUCCAUAUGCUGUUCCUCCCCUUGGAACUCUGCGCUUCAAGGAGCCGCAUGAUCUAAAACCAUGGCAUGGGGUUCGAGACUGCUCUAAACCAUUGGAUAAGUGCCUGCAGGUCAGCUCCUUAACCAAGUUGGUGGAGGGCUCCGAGGAUUGUCUGUACUUGAACGUUUCUGUGAAAACUCUUAUCGGCGAGCCAAUGCCCGUAAUGGUUUAUAUUCAUGGAGGCGGUUUCAAAGGCGGGGACUCAUCGAGACAUGCCUGGGGUCCGGACUACCUAAUGAAAGAAAACGUUGUCUAUGUAAGCAUUGGGCAUCGUCUGGGACCCUUGGGCUUUCUGAGUUUUAAGGAUCCUACACUGGAAGUUCCUGGCAAUGCUGGUCUCAAGGACAUUGUCCUCGCUCUCCAAUGGAUCAAGGCUAAUGCUGCCAACUUUAAUGGUGACCCUGAUAGAAUAACUAUUUUUGGCCACAGCUCAGGCAGCGUGCUUGUUCAGCUACUGCUGGCCAGUCCCCGGACAGAGGGACUAUUCCACAAGGCCAUACUUUUGGCGGGUGUUACAAUGGAAGUGAAUCCCCUGCCCCAAAUGGAAUACCGUCUGGCCAAGCAUUUGGGAUACGAGGGAGAGAAUGUCGAUAGCCAGGUUUUGGAGUUUCUCCGGAAAGCAGAUCCACAACUGCUCGUCUCAGCGGACUUCUUCACGCCACUGGAGAAGUCUCAAGGCUUUUCUAUGCCCUUCAGACCUAGCAUUGAGACCUAUCCCACUUCAAAUACUGUCCUCCUUGCGGAACCCAUUGACCUCCAGCGAACUUCGUGGAGCAAUCGCAUUCCAAUUAUCUUGGGCGCUAAUAGUGGCGAGGGCUUAACCAUUAUGAACUUUUUGCAACUGAACCCUUCAUGGCUAAAAACCUUUCGGCAAAAUCCGGAGCGCGUUUUGCCUUGGACCCUGAGGAGUCGAUGUGAUCCCGGCCAGCGACGUCAGUUGGGUCAGGCGCUGAUCCGCCACUUCUGCCAGGUACAUGGACAUGAGCUGACUUUGGAUCACACAAACGCGUUAGUCGACCUAUACACCCACGCCUUUGUGCAUGCCAUUGAUCGAUUAGUUCAAUCCAGAUUGACUUAUAGUCAGGCACCCACAUACGUUUACCGCUUCGAUUUCGAUUCACCGGACUUCAACUUUUACCGGACUCGCUUUAUGGCAAAGGAGCAGCGAGGAGUCACUCAUGUGGACGAGCUGGGAUACAUCUUCGUGCUCCCAGCCACCUUUAAAUUGAACAAAUCCCGACCAGAAUACACAGCCAUCUGCCGAAUGGUGAACAUGUUUGUGCAAUUCGCCGCCAACUCGGAUCCCAAUGGAGCACUCACUAAGCCUCUUGUGGAGUGGAAACCGGUUAUUCGAUUUGGAAAACGAAUGGUUCUCAACAUCAGCGAAGAAUUAAAGUGUAUUCCUCAGCCAGAAAUGCCGAAGCUAAAGUUCUUCAAUCGGCUAUUCGAAAUGGCCGGAGUGCCAUUAUUUUAAGAAAUACUAUAUGAUUUUAAUCAUAACAGCGAGCUUUUAUUCUCCUGAU